AUGCUGGUACAGCCUGCGCUUCGACCGGGAGUAUUUGCAAUCUCGGUACCACGUCAAUUCCUGCGCCAUGCAGCCACAUCAUCAAAACCGAAAAAGUAUCAGCAGAAAACAAAUCAAUCCAAGCUCUAUCAGCUCAAAUGGCGACCAUUAAUACACAUUCGGGAAGGAACCUUCUAUCGUGACUAUCCUGCCUCCGCAGAAGCUUCCGGGUCAGAGAAUUCCCCGUUGUUUAUCAAGGUCGAUUUUAGCCUUCCGUCCAGACCGCCGCAAUGGCCGGAGCUUCCCCCGCCGAAUGGCCCUAAACAUGCGAAGGAACGUUAUGAAAAGGACCUGCGUCGAGAACAGUUGAUACAAGAAGAGGAAGGACCGUUCCAUUGGGCAGUCAUUGGAAGUGAUACUACGGAGUUUUUCCAUAUACUCCAAGGUCGAUACGUUGCACUGCCGCCUAAAUCACGUCAAUAUCCGCAUUUGAUUUCUCGGAAAUUCAAUCCAAAAGACCCCACCAAGAGAUCACCAAGUAACGCAAUUGCAUAUGUGGGUUUCAGUGGCGAAGGCUCACAAGCAACGGGUGGCACACGAGGAGCCUACCUCAGUGCAAGAUAUGAAAGUCUGCGGGAGGAUACUGAUUGGACCGUACGGCAAUACCUGCUGGGACAAACCGAACUCAACCCUAUGGAAGACGAGAAUACCGGUAAGGGGUUUGAUGAAGCUCAAUUUGAGAAAGUGAUAAAGGACUUCAGGCUGCAAGAACUUUUGGAAUUACCUGUUUCUAGUCUCAGCAAUGGCCAGACGAGACGUACACGAAUAGCCAAAGCAUUGUUGUCCUCGCCGGAGCUUCUCCUUUUAGACGAGCCGUUCAUGGGCCUCGACCCUGCUACCACCGAAAGUAUAUCGUCGCUCCUACGGGAUGUCGCAUAUCACUCUUCACCUAGAGUCAUGAUCUCACUCCGUCCCCAAGAUACCAUACCGGAAUGGAUCACACACGUGCUGAUCCUCGACAAUCACCGAAUAGCCUUCAGUGGACCCAAAAAGGACUUUUACAAACAGGCCACAAAGGCCAGUGGAAUGUCUACAAGUGAAGCCAACAAAGCUAGAAUGUCAUUACGCUGGCUCUUUGCGCCUGGUGGUCUGUUCGAACUUCAGCGUUACCAAUUUAUUGACGACAAGAAGACCAAAGUAGCUCAAUUCUCGAAGAGCAAUAUAGGCAUAGCUGAUCCGACAGCCUUGACACAAAUUUCUCAGGACGGAAAGCCGGUUAUUGAGAUGGAGGGUGUACGCGUUCAAUAUGGAGAAAAACUGGUUCUCGGAAAUUGGAAACAAAUUAUACGCGGUAAAAAAGGGGCUCAGCCGGGCUUGUGGUGGAAAGUUCGGCAGGGUCAGAGAUGGGCGGUUCUUGGAGCCAAUGGUUCCGGCAAAACAACCCUAUUGUCUGUUAUGACAUCUGAUCAUCCGCAAGCAUAUGCGCAACCAGUACGUAUGUUUGGUCGGUCCCGUCUACCCGAACAAGGAGUGCCCGGUAUAUCGAUAUUCGAUCUUCAAGCUCGAAUGGGUCAUUCCUCUCCCGAGAUUCACGCCUUUUUCCCGCGUCAGCUUUCGAUCAGGGCGUCGAUCGAAUCUGCAUGGGCCGACACAUUCCUCUCCAAACCAGUCUUGACCUAUGAACGUGACACAAUCGUUGACGCAGUCUUGGAGUACUUCAAACCAGAACUAGACCCCUCUGCAGAAGACAUCAAGUCGAAUAAAGCUUCCGGAGAAGCAGCAGUCGACAUAUCAUUCAUCCCCGCAACCUUCCGAGCAACUGUUGCAGAGGCAAUUCCCGUCGGUAAUCGAUCCACGCCGACACCACAGUAUCACCCGAACCACGAUGUCGAUUAUGCCGAUAAUACCACCUUUGGCCAGCUCUCAGUUGCGCAACAGCGUCUGAUACUUUUCAUUCGAGCUAUUAUCAAGAAACAAGAACUUAUCAUUCUUGAUGAGGCCUUUUCCGGCAUGCCGGCUAAUAUGCGCGAGAAGUGUUUUUACCUCUUGAAUAAUUCUGGACCCCCAGCCGACGGAGAAUUAGCCGACCUGCCUUUACCUUAUCUAGGACCUGAACAAGCCUUGAUUGUGGUCAGCCAUUUACCGGAAGAAAUUCCAGACACAGUACGCUUCUGGAUGCGUCUUCCUUCCGAAGUCGGGGAUGGCCAACAACUGAAUUUCAUCCAGGGCGUCCUACCGGAUGAUAGUACUUUAUCAGCCGACCGAAAAGCCUGGGAGACGAUCUGGUCUGAAAAUUCACUGUCCAAGGCAAUGUUCUUGUACGGAAAGGAUAGUGAAGGGAAACUCAAUGAUGGGGAGAGAUAUCGUUAUGCUAUUCCUCGCAAGACACAGACGAAGAAUAAGCUCAGGGCUCUGAAUGAUGGGCCUAAUGAGGGUUCAGCGGAAAUGGAGGAGGAACAUGAUGAUAAUGAAGAAGAGGAGGAAGAGUAUGAUGAGGAAGAUGAAGUCGAAGAAGUCAACAUCGAAAAAACGGAGUCGGAUAAAACGCGUGCUUAA